AUGGAGGAUUCAGCAGUGGAGGAUUCAGCAGAAGAAGAUUCAAAACUGGAAGAUUCAACAAUGGAGGAUUCAGCAGUGGAAGAUUCAAUAGCAGAAGAUUCAGCAACAGUGGAUUCUAAAUCAGAUGAUUGUGCAGUUAAACUUUCAACAGUAGAAGAUGCAACAGAAGAAGAUUCAGCACUGGAAGAUUCAGCAGAAGAAGAUUCAGCAGAAGAAGAUUCAACACUGGAAGAUUCAGCAACGGUGGAUUCUAAAUCAGAUGAUUGUGCAGUUGAACUUUCAACAGUAGAAGAUGCAACAGAAGAAGGUUCAAUAGCAGAAGAUUCAGCAGUGGAAGAUUCAGCAGUGGAAGAUUCAACACUGGAAGAUUCAGCACUGGAGGAUUCAACAGUAGAAGAAGCAACAGAAGAAGGUUCAGCAGUGGAAGAUUCAGCACUGGAAAAUUCAGCACUGGAAGAUUCAACACUGGAAGAUUCAACAAUGGAAGAUUCAACAAUGGAGGAUUCAGCAGUGGAAGAUUCAAUAGCAGAAGAUUCAACACUUGAAGAUUCAACACUGGAGGAUUCAGCACUGUAUGACUCAAUACUGGAUGAUUCAAUAGCAGAAGAUUCAGCAGAAGAAGAUUCAGCACUGGAAGAUUCAGCACUGGAAGAUUCAACAGUGGAAGAUUCAACAAUGGAGGAUUCAGCAGUGGAAGAUUCAACAGUAGAAGAAGCAACAGAAGAAGGUUCAGCAGUGGAAGAUUCAACACUGGAAGAUUCAGCACUGGAAGAUUCAGCACUGGAAGAUUCAACACUGGAAGAUUCAACAAUGGAGGAUUCAGCAGUGGAAGAUUCAAUAGCAGAAGAUUCAACACUUGAAGAUUCAACACUGGAGGAUUCAGCACUGUAUGACUCAAUACUGGAUGAUUCAAUAGCAGAAGAUUCAGCAGAAGAAGAUUCAGCACUGGAAGAUUCAACAGUGGAAGAUUCAGCACUGGAAGAUUCAGCACUGGAAGAUUCAACACUGGAAGAUUCAGCACUGGAGGAUUCAAUAGCAGAAGAUUCAGCAGAAGAUUCAGCAGAAGAUUCAGCAGUGGAAGAUUCAACACUGGAAGAUUCAGCAGAAGAAGGUUCAACACUGGAAGAUUCAGCAACAGUGGAUUCUAAAUCAGAUGAUUGUGCAGUUGAACUUUCAACAGUAGAAGAUGCAACAGAAGAAGAUUCAGCACUGGAAGAUUCAACACUGGAAGAUUCAGCAGAAGAAGGUUCAACACUGGAAGAUUCAGCAACAGUGGAUUCUACAUCAGAUGAUUGUGCAGUUGAACUUUCAACAGUAGAAGAUGCAACAGAAGAAGAUUCAGCACUGGAAGAUUCAGCACUGGAGGAUUCAACAGUAGAAGAAGCAACAGAAGAAGGUUCAGCAGUGGAAGAUUUAACACUGGAAGAUUCAGCACUGGAAGAUUCAGCACUGGAAGAUUCAACACUGGAAGAUUCAACAAUGGAGGAUUCAGCAGUGGAAGAUUCAAUAGCAGAAGAUUCAACACUUGAAGAUUCAACACUGGAGGAUUCAGCACUGUAUGACUCAAUACUGGAUGAUUCAAUAGCAGAAGAUUCAGCAGAAGAAGAUUCAGCACUGGAAGAUUCAACAGUGGAAGAUUCAGCACUGGAAGAUUCAACACUGGAAGAUUCAACAAUGGAGGAUUCAGCAGUGGAAGAUUCAGCACUAAAAGAUUCAGCACUGGAAGAUUCAACACUGGAAGAUUCAGCAACAGUAGAUUCAACAUCAGAUGAUUGUGCAGUUGAAGUUUCAACAGUAGAAGAUUCAACAGAAGAAGAUUCAGCACUGGAAGAUUCAGCAGUAGAAGAUUCAACAGUGGAAGAUUCAGCAGUGGAAGAUUCGGCACUGGAAGAUUCAACACUGGAAGAUUCAGCAGAAGAAGGUUCAACACUGGAAGAUUCAGCAACAGUGGAUUCUAAAUCAGAUGAUUGUGCAGUUGAACUUUCAACAGCAGAAGAUGCAACAGAAGAAGAUUCAGCACUGGAAGAUUCAGCACUGGAAGAUUCAACAGUGGAAGAUUCAGCAGUGGAAGAUUCAGCAGUGGAAGAUUCAACACUGGAAGAUUCAGCAGUGGAAGAUUCAACACUGGAAGAUUGGAUAAGUGAAGAUGAUUCUGAAGUUGGUUCAAUGAUGUGA